AUGUUGUUAUCUUUGUUAUUAUGCUGUCCAUUGGUGGUCAACGCAUUUGUAUCUCCAAAGCAAUUGUUAAGCAGGAAAACCAAGUCAAUCGUAGCAUUUGGUGAUUCAUACACAGAUUAUGGUGUAUCAGAUAUAUAUUAUGAGCCAACUAAAAGUUAUUACAAUAAAUCAAAGUUACAAAUACCAGUAACUCUGCCAAAGAGAUGGUCUGAUGGACAUCUUUGGAUAGAAUACCUAAAGGAGAUGAUGAGCGCUGAGAAUAUUUAUGAUUUUGCGAGAUCAGGAGCUACAGUGAAUAAUAGCAUUGUGCCUAGAUCAACUCAAGAUCUUGGUGAACAAGUACAAGCAUAUUCCCGGUUUUUUAAUCAAGCACAUAUUGAUACUAUUCAUUUUAUAUGGAUUGGUCUGAAUGAUAUCCAUGAUAUAUUUCAAGGACGCAGUAAUCGGUAUCAAAUAAUAAUUGAUGAAGUAAACUCGUCUUUUUAUAACAGCUUGAGUAAACUUUAUGAAUCAAAGGCAAAGUACAUGUUUGUACUCAACGUGAUCCCUCUGGGUGAUUUACCCAAAUUUUACACAUUGUCGCAAGCUGAAAAGGCUCAUCUUGACAGUAUGGUCAGGAGAUACAAUGCAAAUUUGGCGAAUGUCAUGCAUGAUCUAGUAGCAAAAAGGAAAAACCAGGGGCUGCAUGUCUAUUUGUAUGAUGCUUACGGAAAAUUUGCUGAUCUAUGCAUGAACAUGACGGGCUCACCCAGUUCUUGUAACAGAGGGUCUCACUGCGACAACUUAGUCUGGUGGGAUGAUUUGCAUUUAACAACAAAGGUCCAUUUUGCAUUAGCAAGCUCUGUUUAUAAGGAACUUUUAGCCACUGGCUGGUGA